AUGUUAACUUUCACAGAAGCACCCCAACAGCCCAUGGGAGAGUACCCUAGCUUCUUAACAGAGUACACACAGGCCGAGAAGGAAAAACAUGCCCAACAGCUGCUGGCAGGCAAAGAACAGAUCCGUAUUUCCUCAGAGUCCUUUAUGCAGACGUGUGUCCCCAGCAUCACAGACACAAUCACACAGAAAUCUCCUAAAGGCAGCAGCACAUUGCAAGCUGGUGUUCUCGGUCUCUGCAGACAGCUUCUCUCAUUUAUGAAGUCUGAUUUCACAGCAGGCGAGAGCGACUGUCAACAAGACAAGCGCCACCGACUGAGUGUCAAGUGUCCCAGCGCCUCACCCAAUGGCAGAAUUUCUGGGGUUCCUAAGCUGCGGCAGAUAUUUACAGACAUGUGCAGUUCAGGUAGUGGGAGCGGCCCAGAACUAGCUCAUCUCUCCGAUGCCAUGGAGCAAGUGGGCCAGCAUAAAGGUGCCCACCAAGUGAUACCGAAUGGUGUGAAAGGCAGCACCGAGGCAAAGCGAUUACGAGCUCAGUUUAUACCAAAAUUCUUUAAGAAUUUUCCAGAGCUGGCUCAUUCUGCUUUCAAUACCCAGUUAGACCUCUGUGAGGAUGAAGAUGUGUCAGCCCAGAUACGACACCAAACAAUUAAAGAGCUGCCUCAGUUUGCCACAGGAGAAAACCUUCCGAGAGUAGCAGAUAUACUGACCCAGCUUCUGCGGAGACAUGACUCUGUAGAAUUUAAUUUGGUGAACAGUGCUCUGUUAAGUAUAUUUAAGAUGGAAAAGCUAGAAACAAAUUUAAGGAAACAGUUCGUUACGUUACUGGAGUAUAUGCCUCUCCCUCCCGAAGCAGCAGGAGAUGGUGAAGCUGGGAAUGCAGAGGCCAAGCUGCAGUUCACUUGCGUGGAGAGCUUACUGUACAGUUUUCAUCAAGCUGGGCUGGAAACUUCCAGCAUUGUUUUUUUUGCCCAGUACAUGGAGAAGAGUAAUAAUCAGUCUUAA